AGUAUUCUCUCUCUCUCUCUUUCUUUCUGGUGGGUCAAAGAUGUAUUCAUUCUCAAGAGUUAUAGGAGCAGUAGCUCUAUUCCUGUGUCUUUUAUCUGUUGCAGAUUCGCAAUUCCAGAUUACUGAUUUGGGUACUGGUGAAGUGAUUACAGGUGAUACAUACAGAAUAAAUCAAGGAUAUCAAUUUAGAUUAAUAUGCCUUGGUAAUAUUAAUUUGAACCCUAUAUGGGUUAGAAACCAAACUCAAGUUCCGAGUAUACUCGAUGUUAGUGCAUCAAGUGUUACAAAUACCAGCGAACUCAUUGAAGGUCUCUCUGCAAGUGACUUUAGACAACUGUUCCAAUCAAGUACCUCAGUCUCUUCUGUGAUUUCAAGUUUUCGAAAUGGGUCUAAUCUCAUACUUCCGAAUUCUUCUAUUGGUGGGCAAUAUGCCUGUCAAGCUGCUAACGGCCAGAUGCAAAACCUUACUAUCAUUGUCUCAACUCCUAGUGGAUCUUUUUCUGAGUUUUAUGUAAGGAUGACUGGUUUAAUUUCUAGUGCAAGCUCUGUGAAUGAUAAGGAUUUUGAUUUAGCAGUCUUUGAGUCAAGACUAUCUGUUAGUGCUGUUAUUGCUGGUUUAAAUGCAUCAGAUGAUCCAAUAAGGACUAUAUCUUGUUCCUUUGUUCCACUGUAAGAAAUAACCUAUAGCUCUCAUUCAUAUAACAAUACAU